GAAGAGGAAAGGGAAAAAAAGAGAGAGAGAGGGAGGGAGGGAGAGAGAGAGGGGAGAGAGAGGGAGAAAAUCUUCCGUCGCCCCCUCCCCCUCCCUAAAAAAAAAAAAAAAAAUAGCGAGGGCGCGAGCGAGAGGAGGGGGGCUCGCGGCGAAAAAUAAAUAAAAUAAAGAAAACGGCAGGAGCGGCUCCAGCCGGCAGCAGCGGCGGCAGCAGGGCAGCGGGCGGCGGCGGCAGCCGAGGCGGAGGCAGGCGGCAGGCAGGGUCCCCUCGCUCCCCGCUCGCCCCCGGCGCCCGGCCGGCCGCCUCCCCCCCGCCCCCCGCCUCUCUCCCCGGCAGCCCGCAGCGAGACGCGCCGCUCCCCAGCACUUUUUUGGGCCCGAGAUAUGGCAAUGGUAGUUAGCAGCUGGCGAGAUCCGCAGGAAGACGUGGCCGGGGGCACGCCGAGCGGCCCCAACCCCGCCGCGGCGCAGCCGGCCCGGGAGCAGCCGCCCCAGCAGCAGGGGGCUCGGCCCGCCCCGCACACCCCGCAGACCCCCAGCCAGCGACCCCCCUCCACGCCGGGCACGGCCGGGGACAAGGGAGCGGGCCAGCAGGGCUCGGGGCAGAGCCAGCAGCACAUCGAGUGCGUGGUGUGCGGGGACAAGUCCAGCGGCAAGCACUACGGCCAGUUCACCUGCGAGGGCUGCAAAAGUUUCUUCAAGAGGAGCGUCCGCAGGAACUUAACUUACACAUGCCGCGCCAACAGGAACUGUCCCAUCGACCAGCACCACCGCAACCAGUGCCAGUACUGCCGCCUCAAGAAGUGCCUCAAAGUGGGCAUGAGGCGGGAAGCGGUUCAGCGAGGAAGGAUGCCGCCCACCCAGCCCAACCCCGGCCAGUAUGCCCUGACCAACGGCGACCCCCUGAACGGGCACUGCUAUCUCUCGGGAUACAUCUCCCUACUGCUGCGGGCCGAGCCCUACCCCACCUCCCGCUACGGCAGCCAGUGCAUGCAGCCCAACAACAUCAUGGGCAUCGAGAACAUCUGCGAGCUGGCCGCCCGCCUGCUCUUCAGCGCCGUCGAGUGGGCCCGCAACAUCCCCUUCUUCCCCGACCUGCAGAUCACCGACCAGGUGGCCUUGCUGCGGCUCACCUGGAGCGAGCUCUUCGUCCUCAACGCUGCCCAGUGCUCCAUGCCUCUCCAUGUGGCCCCUCUCCUGGCCGCCGCCGGCCUCCACGCAUCCCCCAUGUCGGCCGACCGCGUCGUCGCCUUCAUGGACCACAUCCGCAUCUUCCAGGAGCAGGUGGAGAAGCUGAAGGCACUGCACGUAGAUUCGGCCGAGUACAGCUGCCUGAAAGCCAUCGUCCUCUUCACCUCAGACGCCUGCGGCCUGUCGGAUGCGGCCCACAUCGAAAGCCUGCAGGAGAAGUCCCAGUGCGCGCUGGAGGAGUACGUGAGGAGCCAGUACCCCAACCAACCCAGCCGCUUCGGGAAGCUGCUGCUGCGGCUGCCCUCCCUGCGCACCGUCUCCUCCUCCGUCAUCGAGCAGCUCUUCUUCGUCCGCUUGGUAGGUAAAACCCCCAUCGAAACCCUCAUCAGGGAUAUGCUACUGUCGGGGAGCAGCUUCAACUGGCCUUACAUGUCCAUCCAGUGCUCCUAGAGCCCGGCCCGCACCCCCGGCAGAGACGCGGCGGAGCGGCGGCGGCGGGAGCGGGAACGCUCGCACCGAGGGGCAGUCGGGGUGCGGGGGGGCCCGGGAGGCGGACACUGAACAAAAGAAAGGGCCGAGUAGGAGCAGAGGUGUGGCCGUGGUGGGGAGAAGGACGGACCUCGCGUCCGUGGAGGUUGUGGUGUUUCGCGCUUUGUUUUUUUCUUUUUUUUUUUUGCCUUUUUUUUUUUCUCUCCCCCCCUGGAGAGGAGGGAAAAAAAUAAAUAAUAAUAAUAAAAGAGACAAAAAAAGCAAAAAAAGUAAAAAAAAUAAAAAUAAAAAAAAUAUGAGUAUUGAGGGGAUAUUAAUCAAACCUGAAGGGGAUACUGGAUCUUCCAGGAUUUAUUGUGGACUGUUGUUGAUAUAUGCUGUACAGUAACAAACAAAACAAAACGCGUUGAAACUGAACUGAACCUUGUGUAGAAUGAAAAACAAACAAACAAAAAACAAACAAAAAAAUUCCACGCGCAAACACUUACCACGAGCAUUGUUACUCAUUUUGUAAAAUAUUAGUCUUUAUUUUCAUUUUUUGUAAAACUUAAAACAUCGUAUGCGCAUAAAGAAAAAAAAAAGAAACGAGAAUUAGGGGAAAAUAACAUUUUCCAAAUAAUUAUAAAAAAAAAUUGUCCUGUGUCUAUGUAUCUAUAUCUGUUUUGUAUUUUUUUCUGGUUCCAAACCAGGUUUCCUGUGAUUCUAUACUAAUAAUUUUUGAUAUAACCCUUUGCUUCUUAUAAUGAGUGCGAUAUAUGUUGUCGAAGCUGUUCUUCAAGAAUUAAAAUUGAAGUGAGAAUUUAAACAAAAAUAAAAGAAUUUAGCAAAAAAAUUCAACUUAUCACCCCACAA